UAACAGUUAACACAUGAAAAUACACAUUAGUUGAACAGUACAAAAAUGAAAAAUCUCUAAAAACAUUAUAUUAGUAUUGACCUAAAGGAAAAUCUAAAACUUCACUAUAUUUGAAGAAGAAGAAGAAAAGGAACAAGAAAAGGGGCUGUACCUGUAUGUAACCAGCCCAGUUAGACACUUUCGUUUGCUGAGUUAAAGAGGACGAGAAUCAAACGACACUGCCUAACAUGUCGUUUUAAAACUUUUACAAAGGAAGAAAAAGGUCAGGUUGAGUUCAAAGUUAAAAAUACCUAAAUUACAAGAUUAAAACUAUUUCUCUUAUCUUCUUCUUCUCCUCAUUCUCACAAUCUUGAGUUGCAACAACACUGUCCCUUUUUCCCGCUACAAAUCAGUUCUCGCGAAAACCCUAACUUCAUUUUGUCUUUUCUUCAUCUUCAGUGCCAGUGUACCGCAUUCGUAACUCACGUGUUUGAAAAUGUUAUCCACUAUGCACCCUCCUCGCUCUCUCUCUUGCUUCCCCUCCAGCCCAAUCUCCCUCCUCCGCCACCACACCUCCUUCAACUUCAAAGCCCUCUCUUCCCUAUCCACGCAGCCUCUCACCCCCACUGACACUCAAGCAUCUCAGUCCUCCCAAAUCCUCAACCUUCGCCACUCCCUCCUCUCCCGAAAGCUCACUGCUACUCAACUUGUCAACUCCUUCCUCACUCGCCUUCGUCUCACUGAGCCCUCUCUCAAGUCCUUUCUCCACGUAUCUGACUCCCUCUUGCGCCAGGCACAAGAGCUUGAUGACAAAAUCAAUAGGAAUGAGGAGCUGGGUCCCUUGGCUGGGGUCCUCGUUGGUGUUAAGGACAAUAUUUGUACCUCUGACAUGCCUUCCACUGGUGGCUCUCGCGUUCUGGAUGGUUAUAGGCCACCGUUUGAUGCCACUGCGGUGAGGAAGAUCAAGGAGCAAGGUGGAAUCAUUGUGGGCAAGACUAAUUUGGAUGAGUUCGGUAUGGGUAGCACUACUGAAGCCUCUGCUUAUCAGGUGACUGCAAACCCGUGGGAUGUUUCUAGGGUUCCUGGAGGAUCGUCUGGAGGCUCUGCGGCUGCUGUUUCUGCUAGACAGUGUAUGGUCUCCCUGGGAAGUGAUACUGGUGGAAGUGUAAGACAGCCAGCUUCAUUCUGUGGUGUUGUUGGGUUGAAGCCCACGUAUGGACGGGUUUCAAGGUUUGGACUAAUGGCAUAUGCAUCCUCACUUGAUGUCAUUGGCUGCUUUGGUUCAUCUGUUGCAGAUGCUGGUAUUCUUCUCCAUGCAAUUUCUGGUCAUGAUAGACUUGAUGCUACUAGUAGCAAACAAGAGGUUCCCGACUUCACUUCUCUUAUUUCUUCAAUUAAUUUUUCGGAAUCUAAGCCUUUGAAGGGGUUGAGAGUUGGCCUUAUCCGUGAAACUAUUGAUGAAGGUGUUGAUCAUGGAGUAACUACUGUUAUCCGUGGUGCUGCUUCACAUCUUGAAGAAUUAGGAUGCUCUGUGUCAGAGGUUUCUUUACCAUCUUUCUCCCUUGGGUUGCCAUCCUACUAUAUUCUUGCUUCCUCUGAAUCAUCUUCUAACCUAUCACGUUAUGAUGGCGUGAGGUAUGGAAAUCAAGCUGCUGCUGAUGAAUUAAACUCUCUAUAUGGGGAUUCCCGAGCCAAGGGAUUUGGUAAUGAGGUCAAAAUGAGGAUUUUAAUGGGAACAUAUGCACUUUCUGCUGGUUAUUAUGAUGCAUAUUACAAGCGUGCCCAGCAGGUAAGAACCAUUAUACGGAAAAGCUUUAAGACUGCUCUUGAUGAACACGACAUUUUGAUUUCACCUGCUUCCCCAUCUGCUGCUUAUAAGAUUGGUGAAAAGAAAAACGACCCGUUGGCAAUGUAUGCAGGCGAUAUAAUGACAGUCAAUGUUAACUUAGCUGGUCUACCGGCAUUGGUUUUGCCUUGUGGAUUUGUGGAAGGAGGGUCAGCAGGCCUUCCUGUUGGUCUUCAAAUGAUUGGUGCUGCAUUUGAUGAGGGAAAAUUGCUGAAAGUGGGUCAUAUUUUCGAGCAGACCCUUAAAAAUAGCAGAUUCGUUCCUCCGCUAAUAGCAGAUGAAUGAUGUUGCAAGCACCAUUGAUCUUUCCUUUGCUCAAGAUAAUUAGAAAGCACGGCUAAUUUGUCAUUGCAUAGUCAUGAGAAACUUUUCUAAAUUAAAAUUUGUAUAAUUGUUUCGUUUAAUCUUUUCUAAAAAUAAAAUUCAUUUUACUUGUGAAUCAAUAGUUAUUUUCUCAUUAAUUUGAUUCGAUUUCUUUUUCUAA